UCCCGUGUGUUCUGUUCUGAAUGUGUCUUCUGGGUGCUGAGAGGGAGCUUAGACAAGCUCAAAACUUCAGACAUGCUAAGUGCAGGGUCAUCUCUUAUAAAGGGGAGGAACAAGAAGCUCAAAACUGCAGACAUGGGUAUACUCACCUAUGAAGAUGUGCAUGUGAACUUCACACAGGAAGAGUGGGCUUUGCUGGAUCCUUCCCAGAAGAGUCUGUACAAAGAUGUGAUGGUAGAGACCUAUGGGAAUCUUACUGCUAUAGGCUACGUUUGGGAAGAUGAUAAUAUUGAAGAAUUCUUUCAAAGAUCUAGAAGAUAUGAAAGGCAUGAAAGAAGUCAUACUGAAGAGCAACCCUCUGAGAUUUUUCAGCAUGGGCAAGCCUUUUCAUUUCAGAGUCAUAACCUACGACAAGAAAGAAUUCAUACUGGAGAGAAACCCUAUGAAGGUGUCCAACAUUUUGAAGCCUUUGCAUAUCACAGUAGUCUCCAAAUACAUAAAACAAGAGUUGAUGGAGAGAAAACCUAUGAGUGUAACCAUUGUGGUAAAGAUUUUGUAUCUUACAGCUAUCUUCAAACCCAUCAAAGAGUACAUACUAGACGGAAAGGUUUUGAAUGUAACCACUGUGGUAAAGCCUUUUCAAAAAACAGUAAUCUCCAAAGACAUAAAAGAACACAUACUGGAGAGAAGCGUUAUGAAUGUAGCCAAUGUGGCAAACACUUCUCAUAUCCAUAUGGUUUGUUAUAUCACAAAAGUUUACACACAGGAGAGAAACCCCAUGUGUGUCAUCAGUGUGGUAAAGCCUUUAUAUCUAAAAGUCAUCUUCAAAUACAUAGAAGAACACAUACUGGAGAGAAACCUUUUGAAUGUAACCAGUGUGGUAAAGCCUUUACCCAAAAUAGUAGUCUUCUAAAACAUAAAAAAAUACAUACUGGAGAGAAACCUUUUCAGUGUAACCAAUGUGGCAAAGCCUUUUCAAGAAACUAUCAUCUCCUAAGACAUAAAAUAAUACAUACUGGAGAGAAACCUUUUGAAUGUAACCAAUGUGGUAAAGCCUUUGCACAAAAUAGUACUCUUAUAACACAUAAAAGAAUACAUACUGGAGAGAAACCUUUUGAAUGUAACCAGUGUGGUAAAGCCUUUGUACAAAACUGUGAGCUCCAAAUACAUAAAAGAAAACAUACUGGAGAGAAACCCUAUGAAUGUCAUGAAUGUGGUAAAACUUUUUCAAGUCCAUCUGGAUUCACAUAUCAUAAAAGAAGACAUAGUUCAUACAGGAGAGAAAUCCUUUCCAUGAGCCCAUGAAUGCAAUCAAUAUGGUUAAUCCUUUUUGUCCUUGUUUUUAAUAACUGCAUUGUAUUCCAUUGUAUAAAUGAAACAUUUUCUUUACUCAUUUGUCUGCUGAGUGUCAUCUGGAUGAUUUCCAGUUUCUGGUAUUAUA